AGUAAAAUAAAUUUAAUAAACAUAUUUUAUAUAGUCAUUUAAAAUAUUGAAUAUAAGCUAGUAUUUGGAUUCAUUUUUCUCAUCUUUAGCAAAUAAUACUGUUAGAACUGGAUGAGAUGCUUUGAGAGCAUGAUGUCGAUCUACGCAAUUAAAGAGACUUCAUCGAAACCUACAAAAUGUUCAAUAUGUGAGGAAUCCGUGAAAAAUCCAAAACAACUACCAUGUGACCACAAAUUCUGCUCGGGUUGUAUAAAUAAUCAGAUUUCGCGACUUUCUAUGCUACUAGGUGCGCAGGAAAAAGUAUCAAUCGUGUGUCCAUAUUGUAGAGAUUUCUUCCUUACAUCAGUCAGUUUUUUGCAAAGAGGCAAAAAUGAGAAGCGAAAAGGCAAAUCUGGGCCACAAAAACUUUCUUUUGAUAUGAAAACGGCACGGGUUCUUGGGGACCGGAAAGCGGAGAGAUGCCAGUCAUGCUCUGUCGGUGCUCAUUAUGAAGUUGCAGCGUUCUGGUGUCAGAAUUGUUCCGAAUAUAUGUGUCCAACAUGCGCAAAAUAUCACGGUUCCAUGAAAAUGUCCAAGAACCACGUGGUGAAAACUAUCCGAGACAAAGAGCGGUAUGACCACGUCAGUACUAAAAUCUACGAGUCCAAACGACCUUCCUCCGCAAGGAUACAACAUGACGACAGGCAGCCUUGCCCCAGGAAUGGUAUUCGACUUUAUUGUGAACCGUGCAAGUACAGGAAGAAGACCAAGUUUGCAAAAAACAUUUGUGAGGUUUGCAGCGAGCAACUAUGCGAUGAUUGUUCGAAAUGUCACCGCGGCAUGAAGAUGUCGAAAUCGCACAAGCUGAUAUCCGUGAAAGAUGUCAUAUCCGAACAGAAGUCACAGUAUAGCUUAGAUAUAAAAUGUGAUAAGCAUUACAAAGAGCCUUUAAGUCUUUUUUGUAAAUAUUGCCAGACGUCAUGCUGCGCAGUUUGUGCGAUCACGGAUCACAGUAACUGUGGAACAAAGCAGAAAACAGAAUCAAACAAGAAAACCUCAUAUAAACCUAAAGAGAUUAAAAGUAAAGACAAGACAUUCUAUGCCUGGGGAGACAACUCCAAAGAUGCUAAAGAUUCUAAAAAAGAGAAAACUACGACAUUUGAAAUCAAACCAGAAAUAAAGGUCAAAGACAACAAACAAGCGAUUGCGAACAAACAAGCGGCUACGAAGAGCAAGAUUCCUGAGAAGAAGAUGGAAGUGCGAAAAGGUAGAUUAGAAGUAGAAUCAGUUGCCGAAAAUGACUGGGUAAUUUCAAUGGCCCUUUUAUCAAACGGUGACAUAUUGCUGCUCCAACUUUAUGACACCCGGUUGAAAAUGAUGGACUCUUUUGGAAACCUUAUCUCAGACUGUUCCGUCUACGGCAAUCCUUGGUCCGUGGGAGUGUAUAAUGACUCUCUGGCCGUUGUCACAUUCUCUGACCGGAAGCAGCUGCAGUUGGUCAAUGUUUCCAAAAGCGAAUUGAAACUGGGAAAGUUACUGAACACACGCCAUAAGUGUUUGGCGGUUUGCUUCGCAAGAAACCUGAUCGCUGCCACGUGUUGGGAAGGCUGUGUCCACUUGAUAAACAUUUCCGGUCAGGAAAUUGCAGCCAUCGACAGAGAUAAUACUGGUCAAAGAUUGUUUACAAACCCAGAAUACAUUGCCGCAGACAAAACGGGAACCAAUUUGUACAUCUCGGAUUACAAACGUCAUUCCGUCACAGGUCUAAGGCUGUUACCAAACAAGAUUGAUAACAAGCCAGUUUUUGUAUUUACGCAUCGUGACCUUGAAGGACCAAAGGGUGUGACUGUUGAUCGAGAGGGCGUCGUGUAUAUUUCUGGCAUGGCGAGUAGGAAUCUAUUCCGGAUUUCACCGACGGGCGAGUUGAUUCAGAUCUACCGGCGAAGAGACGAUAUAGACUACUACGAAGAUAUAGCGAUGUCAUAUAACGGGGACAAGUUGUUGGUUUCGGCGUACGAAGACAACACGAUUAUUGUGCUCAGAUUUAGGAAAUGAAUGUUACCAUAAAAAUUUAUUGCAUUUAGAAUGAGAAAGCAAUGUCUUUAAUUUAUUUUAAAGAACUUUGCUUUUAUUGUAUCGGUGUUUUUUUUUUUUUUUUUUUUUUUUUUUUUUUUUUUUUUUUUGCUUACCUAAAUACAAAGUGUGCAAGUGUGAGCUAUUGUGACCACCUUCCGUCGUCCGUCAGAGGUUUUAUUUCUUGAAAAUCGUCAUGAAAUUUAUACAACAUAUACGUUACUCAAAUCUGAUAAGUGGGCAAGAUUACUCCAGCAACACAAGACCCUUGAAUAAGGCAGUAUUGUCAUACUCCACAAUGCUAACACAUUAGAAGUCAUGUUUCUUCAGCUGUUCUUAUUAAACUUACAAGGAAUGUAUAUUGCUACAUGAUCUUAGAAAGAUUUGAUAACAGACAAGAUUGUCCCUGCUGCACUUGAGAAAUGGCCUUUGAAUUUGUUAAUUGGAUAGCAUAUUAGAAGUCACAUUUAUUUAAUUCUUGAUGAAACUUACACAAAAAUUAUGCUGAAAGACAUAAGAUCUCGGUCAACUUUAAUGUGCACGAUUGCUGAAGAAAAAUUAGAGUUAUGGCCCUUGAAUAUGUCUUAAUUGCCUUGAUUCACAUUGUUAUCACUCUAAAUAUCACUUUUUCUACCUAAUCUUUAUGAAAUAUUGAAAUAAUGUUUUCCUUAUAAAAUGUAUGUAUGCAAAAUUUGAAACUCGGGCAUUAUAAGGUCAAACAUUAGACCACUAGGGCAAAUCAGUGGGAAAUCUUGAUAACACUCUAGAGGCCACAUUUUUUUACAUUGUCUACAUGACAAAUUCAAAACUUUCGUCUUUUUUGAAGUCUACCAAGUAUGAAACUUAAUGAAUUGGCUAAGAAACUCGGUCACUAGGUCAAAUAAUGUAAAAACGUUGUUCGCUUUCUAGCCGAAUACACGUUUGAGCUAUGAAACUCGGGUGAGCGAUAUAGGGUCAUCAUGACUCUCCUGUUUUAAUUUUUGCUUGUAGAUUUUAUAAAAAAGAAUAAAACUGUUUUGUUGUUAACAUACUAUUUGUGUGAAUAUAUUUGAAAUGACAUGUUGUAAACUGUUCUGUGGUAAAAAAAAAAUACUGCCAUUUAGUAUACAUGUAUUUAUGUAAAUUAGGUUUGCUAUUGAAUUAAACUUCGCUUUCGUA